CUCAGGCUGGUAUUACUCAUACUUUUGUUGUUGUUGUUGUUGUUGUUUUUAAAGCCCAGAUUCAGAGAUGCUUUAUUUUGUGCAAGAUGCAUCGAGCCUACCAGCCAGUCUUACCAUGUGGCAACAAGUAUCUUCAGCUAAAAUGGGACAAAGCAAAGUAUGAAGAACACAAGAAAAGGAUCCAGACAGCAAAACCAUUAGUGGACACAAGCGCCCCUGCAACAUACAGCCACCUUCAUCUGAAGUUAGGGAAACUGAAGUUGAAGGAAGACCGACUUUCCGUCAUCAAAAGAGACAACUGUUUGCUGCUGGAGAAGAUGUCCUGCAUCAUGAGAACAAAGGGACAAAUCGACAACAAAAAUGACUAUAGGGCCAAAAGUUUAAAUGGAGAAAAACGAAAGCAGGAGCUGCGGAGAGUGAACCAGGAGAACCGCGCCAUUCUGGAUAGAAUUACAAAGACCCAGCCUCAGUAUCACGUUCAGCAAUGGCACGAGGAUUGGCAACGAGCUGAAAAAUACAUGGCCAACAUUGCGAGAUAUCCUCGGGGGCGGUGUAAAUCACAGAGCCAAAAGGAAGAGCAAUUUAAAAAGAAAACAUCUAAACAAGACAGAAAAAGAGAAAAGCAACUGAAAGAAGAAGGUGUGAAGAGGAAGGAAAAAGAAAGAGAACAUGUCCACCACGGAAAGGGAAAGAACAACUAGAACAAGACCGAGUUCCGGAAAUAGCAUUAUUCCAGUAGUCUCCUGUGAAAGCAAUUUAGGAAGUAGCAAAGGGCUCUUAGUCUCUCUUGGGUAAAGACUGCAUUUGGAAAAUUUAUUGUUCUCAGCCUUCUGCUUUGCCCUUAUUCUGGAAAUGAUUCCUUUCCUGGCAUGGUGGACCAGGAGAACGGGGGGUUGUGAGCUCAUUUUGUGAUUGACACCCUGUGCAUCAGCAUACUCUGAU